CCGGAAGUCUAACUGCAGCCGAAACGGAAGCGGAUCGCGGAGGAGAGGUAGAGCCGGGCGGGAGCGCCAUGCGUUCAGACGACGAGGGGACGCCCCCUGCCUCAGAGUGGGAUUGGGGCUGCCCACGUGCGCGGCGCCGCGUGGAGGAGCUGCACUUCGGCCCCGGGGGGCUCCUGCCCUCCAGCCCUGAGGACAUCCGCAACUUCUGGGCCUUCUUCGAGCGGCUGCGACGCUUCCAGAGCCGAAAACCUCCUCCGACACCGACCCCGAAAAGCACCAGGAAGGAUCCAUCGCCUUCGCUCGGUCUCCCGCCGCGCUACGACGCUCUGCACCGCAUCAACAUGGCCCUACCAGAACCCCAAACCCCGCACCGCGACGGCUCCGCCGUGCCCCGCCGGCACCGGGCAGAGCUGCGCUGCGCCCUUCUGCACUAUUUGGACUUCACCCAGAAGCAGAGCUUCUCCAAACUGGCCAAAAUCCGGCGGGAUCGCGCAGCGCUGCCCAUCGCCCGCUUCCGGGAGCCCAUCCUGCGCGCCGUGGCGCGGCACCGCGUGGUGCUGGUGGCCGGAGAUACGGGUUGUGGUAAAUCCACGCAAGUGCCGCAGUUCCUGCUGGAGGCUGGGUACCAAAACGUGGCCUGCACGCAGCCGCGCCGCAUCGCCUGCAUCGCCCUGGCCAAGCGCGUGGCCUACGAGAGCCUGCAGCAGCACGGCAGCCAG